AUGAGAACCCCUAGCCGUCGAAAGCGUGACAAGGCGUUGAAGGAAGCAGCUCUGUUGUAUCCUAAUCGCAGUAUUAGCACAAUGCCACCCUUCAAAGAUGAGCACAUUUUGCUCAUUGCGCCGGGUUCGCAAAUGACCCUAGCGCAACUCGGUCUGCCCGAAACAUUCACCCCCGCGCGCUUUCGCUUCCCAACGCGCAUGUUCCCCGCUGAAAAGAAGGGUGAAUUCGAGCCAUACAAGGUCCGCGAACGAAAGCGUGAUGUUAAGGUCAAUAAUGAUACCAAUGGUGCCAUUGAGCACAAGGCUCCGGACGUGGAGAUGAAGGAUGGCGAUGCCACCGCUCAGGACAGCACAAACGGCACCGAGGAAUCGGAGAAGACUGUUCAAGAGAUCUUUUACGAGGAAGAUGUCACGUCCGAAGAAGGCGCCGUACAUCCAAUUCAGAACGGGCGCAUCGUCGAUUGGCCCUGCUUCUUCGCUUUGUUGACCCACAUCUACAACUCUCUCAGCCCGCCAUUUCACACUCCGAUUCUAUUGGUGUCCCAGCCGGUCUGGUCGGCGCGCGAUCGUGAAGCUAUCACUCAAUUCGUCUUUGAGAAGUUCAAGGUCCCGGGCUUCAGCAUGAUGGAUGCGGCUCUUGCAGCAUGCUACGGUUUUGGUGUGCAGACCGCAACUGUCAUUGAUGUUGGUAAGGGCAAGGUCGACGUGACGGCAGUGACAGAUUACGCGGUCAAUGAGCAUGGCCGAGGCAUUGCGUUGGAAGGCUGUGGCGGUGAUGCCAUGACCGAUCGACUCGUUGAGCUGCUUGGGGGGAAGGGCUUCUCUCGGGAGAUGUGCGAGCAACUCAAGCGAAGCAACAUCGCGGAGAUUCUUCCCCCUGGCGUUACUUUGCCCGGAUCUGCAGCUACCUCCCGCCAAGGCGCCAAUCCUGCCGCUGCCGCCUCGACUGGCGGGGGCGAUGGAGUCGAUGCUAUUCCUCGUGGCCCUGGUGAAGGAACUCAGACCGGUGGUGAGACCAACGGCGAGGAGGACGAGGGCGUGUUGGAUGUCGCGGCUAUCGUCAGUGGAGACACGAAUGAGUACUUGGCCAACAUGGAGAAGGAAAAAGCAAGCAACAAGAAGGCGGGCGCGGACCCAAAGCAACCUCGUCUUCCCAACUCUAAAAAGGAGAAGGCGACCUUCCAGUUCGAAGAAUUUGUACAAAUGGAGGGAGAUAAUACCUCCCAGCGCUACAUUCGCAACUCUCGCGAAAUUGAGAUUGGUGUUGAGCGCUUCCUUUUGGCCACGCCUAGCCAAAAGGUUGGAGAUCGUCUGAGCAAUGGUAUCUUGGAGGAUAUCGCUACUCAGAUUCACCACACUAUCCUGGCUGUCCCUGAUGCUACAAAGCGCAGUGAGCUAUGGGACUCACUCAUUAUUGUUGGAUGUGGUAGUAAAGUCCGAGGCUUCAUCCAGGCCCUGCUUGCUGUUAUCAACAAAAAAUUCAUCCUCUCCCCAUCCGCCACAAUCUUCACCUCCGAGAUUCCUUCCACUUUCACUACUCCCCCUCCCGACUGGUGGAACUAA